AUGGCCGAGGAUUUCACUUUUAAAGUGGCGAGCCCAACAAGAUUUCUUGGCCGUCCAAAACAAACGAGCAAGUCGAAGAAAGCUUCACGUCGAAAACAUGUCGAGAUGGUUCAAGUUGACUCAGACUUGUAUUCAUCAGGUUUAAGCCUAUCAAUCGUAUCAAAAGCUGUUGAAAAACCAACCCACUUACGAGAAGUCGGCAUCUACUCUUUCCAAGUUCGAGCUGUUCGAGUUCAACAAAACUCCCAGAGCUCCAAUUGUCCACAAGAUAGCAAGGUUGCCUUCCGCAAAAAUUCUCCCUGCCCAAUCGAUCACUCGGAUGUCCCAGAAGCAGUUUAUUGA